AUGAUCGAAGGAGAUAUUAAAUUGUUGUCUGUGGUAGCAAAUGGCUUGCCUACAACAGAGGACUUUGAGCAUGUCACUGAUUUGGAAAUAUUGAAGGUUCCACCUGUCCCCAUGGAUAAAUUCCUUUAUCUUUUUAUUGGGUUAAUCUCUACAGCAAAUAAUUUUAAACGUAGAAUAGUGGUUCGUAGAACUGGGGUAUCAUGCGUGGGUAGUGACCACCUUAUUGAAGAUCCUUCUUCCUGUUUUGAUUGCAUUUUCAUUCACUAUGUACUUGGUUACACCUUGUCACAAGACAACACUCUUCAAAAUUUUGUCAAAACUCUUCUUGUGUUCUGUUUAUUCUAG